CACCUACAUCAUAAUUUACCUGUGUACAUACAGUAACUUCAGUUUUGAUUUAUAUAAAAUAAACCAUGUAAGGUCAUUAAUUAAGGAUUAAACAGUUAAUAUUUACAGAUAGGUGGUAGGAUAGUGGUUUAUCUAAAUAAACAUGUACUGCUAGAAAACCAAUAUCAUAUAUAUGUGAGAGAAAGAGUAUGACAAACCUCAGUAUCUCUUGAAAUUGAUUCCUCGCUCUGCCUGUUGUUGAAUUUAUGGAAGUCAUGAAUGGUUGGAUUAGAAUACAUUUAAAAGUUCAGAAUGUGUGACAUUUUGAAUAAGAAGUGGUAUUUUAAAUUCACUAAGUAAUGAUUUAUUUCGUUUAUAUUUGGACAUAUUUAAUACUGUCUAUUGAAAAUGACCUGAAUAUGUAGUAAAAAUGUGUGAACAACCACCUCAAAACUGUUUCUUUGGCGGAUUAAAAGAAAUAUAGGUUUUGACGUUGUGGAUGAGGAUUUUAGUUUGAAUUCAACAUGGCUUUGAAUGUUUGUUCUGGUCAUGGGUCAACCCUGCCAGUUUUUCGUGAAGGAAGUGGGCUAGUUCAGGGUUUACAAAGUGUGGGGUUACCAAAGGAACAAAAUGGUAACCAUGGUAAUAACCCUUAUGUGACCUAUGUAAAUGUAAAUAAGUUUGAAAACAAUUGGGAAGAUUUAGAUGAUGAAUUUUCCACAAAGGAAAUAUUUGAAACAGAUGUGUCGGAAAACAUUCCUGUAAGAACAACUGCAAACAAUCAAACUAGACUAAGACAACGAGAGGAAACAUUUUAUAGUGAACAGGAAGUUCCCCCUGUUCCAGUAUUGGUUGACCCAUCUAAUAAAUGGACAUGGCAAGACACACAUGAUCAUGACAACUCUGAACGGGAAAGUUUUUCUCUCGAAACUUACAAAAUUCAAAGUAGACCAAGACAGAUGGAAGAGACAUUUUAUACUGAACCUGGUAUUCCACCAGUUAAAGAUAAAUCAUCCUCUGAAUGGAUGAAAUCCGACAUGAAAGGUCAAGGUUAUUUUGAACAAGAAAAUUUAAGAACAACCGAUUUGAAAAGAGAAACUCCCACUGAUCAGAAUAGAUCUUGGAAUAGUGAUAAAUUUUACAAAGAACAAGAAGUUCCGUUAGUUAAAGAUGAGUCUUCCAUUGAUUUGAUACAGCCUGAUUCACAAGGUCAAGGUUAUUUUGAACAAGAAAAACUACCUAUAGACACAGCUGAUGUAACAGUAGAGUCAACUUCCAACUUAAGGAACAGAUUUGGGGGGAAUAGAUUUGAAACUCAAGGCUUUCAUCAUACUGUGGGAUCAGACAGAUCUGAAGCUGGAGGAAGCGUUGGAUGUUGCGGAUAUAUUUUAUGGUUUCUGUCAAUCCUUCUUAUCAUUUGUACGUUUCCAUUCUCUAUGUGUUUAAGUAUAAAGGUUGUUCAAGAAUAUGAAAGAGCAGUGAUAUUCCGACUUGGUAGACUGGUAUCAGGUGGUGCUAAGGGACCAGGUCUGUUUUUCAUCAUACCCUGUAUAGAUUCCUAUACAAAGGUGGACAUGAGGACAGUAUCUUUUGAUGUUCCCCCACAAGAGGUUUUGACGAAAGAUUCUGUAACAGUGGCAGUUGAUGCUGUUGUGUAUUAUAGGAUACAGAAUGCAGCCAUGUCAAUAACAAAUGUAGAGGAUUCUAACAGGUCAACGCGUCUUCUUGCCGCUACUACCCUCAGAAAUGUUCUUGGAACAAAGAAUCUCGCUGAGAUUUUGUCUGACAGGGAAUCCAUCAGUCAUGUUAUGCAGACCUCUUUGGAUGAAGCCACUGAUCCUUGGGGUGUAAAAGUUGAACGUGUUGAAGUUAAGGAUGUCCGUCUGCCAGUACAGUUACAGAGAGCAAUGGCUGCAGAAGCAGAAGCUGCAAGAGAAGCAAGAGCUAAGGUGAUUGCUGCAGAAGGUGAACAGAAAGCUUCUCGUGCCCUGAAAGAAGCAGCAGACGUUAUGGCGGAGUCUCCAGCUGCUAUUCAGCUCCGAUAUUUGCAGACACUCAAUACAAUUUCAGCAGAAAAGAAUUCAACCAUUAUUUUCCCUCUGCCUAUUGAUUUGAUGCAAAGCUUUAUGAAAUACACUGGAGGUGCAAGGGAGACAACUCAGGCACACUUCUGAAAAAAAUGAAUUUGUACAUUUCAACUUGCCUCUGUUGAUUUAUGAUACCCAUAAGUUGUUCAAGGGAGACAACAUAAAUCACUUACAAAAAACUGAAUUUGUACAUAUAAUGGUUUAAAUUUAUAUUGUACAUUUGUUAAGAUAUAUAUGUAAGUUGUCAAAAACAGCAAUAACCCAGAUUUAAUGAAGUUUUGUAUCUGAUGAUGUUUAUAUCACUGACAGUAAGAUAUAUAGACCAUAAGAAAAGUAAAAGUCAAUUAAAAAAUAUAAAUUGAUAUGUUUUUGUUAAGAAAUUAGAAAUGAUAAAGGAGCAAUGAGGUAAAUAUCAAGAUGGCGUCACAAUAAUUCCUCCCCCCCC